AUGUUCUUGUGGAAGGCUAUUCAUGGUGAUUUGGCUACUGGAGCGCAAUUACGAGUCAGAGGUGUACCUGUAGAAGAGGCCUGUAGUUUCUGUGGAAGGCCUGAAACAGUUCUACACAUGCUUUUCCAAUGUCCGGAAGGGAUAGUACUAGUAAAUAAAUUAUCAUGUCUCCCACCCAUAGGUCUCACUUCAGGCCUCUUGGCUCCCUGGAUUUGCUGGAGUCUUUGGAAAAUUCGAAAUCAAAGAGUUUUCAGAUCACCCCCCUGCAGUGUGGAGGAAACGUUACUGCGAGCUAUUCUAGAAGCUAAGGAGUGGACUUCGGCGCAAUUAAAGCUUCCGGAUGGAGCAUGGAGACAAGCUAUAAAGGUCGCAGGCAUUGGCUGGACCAUUACAAAUCCUGUGGGGAUCACUUCUCACCACUCGGCGGUUUGUGAAUUUGUAUCAUCACCUCUUAUGGCGGAAGCUUUGGCCUGUAGAGCUGCUGUUCUGGGCGUCAGGUAAAGUGUUACUCAUCUUCUGGUGGAAUCUGAUUGUCAACAACUGGUGGGGGCUAUCAAUGCCCGAUCAGUCUCUCUCGAAGUUCAUGGAGUUGUAUCUGAUAUUAUUAUUGCUAUUUCUAACCUUAGUGCUUUCGUUUGUCGUUUCAUUCCUAGAGCUGCUAAUUCUGUAGCAGACUCUCUUGCAAAACAUUAUCUGUUGUCAUUUGAGCAAUUUAGCUCGUAA